AAAUGUUGCUCGAUGAAUGCAUUUUAAAUUGCAUAUACGCGGACGUGAUCUAAUGCCAGCCAUGUGCUUUGAUCACUCGCUUUCUAAUUGUCACUGCAACAAAGUGUGUUUCUCCACACAAACCGCGCCGUUCCAUUGCGGAGUGUGGACAUCGGCGCUGCGCACGGCGCCACGAGCACGCGCGUCCUCGCACUCUCACGCACUCGCACACUCGGCUUUCAGUAUCGCUGCACUCCCCGUGUCACUCACAGGAAACUUCUUUUGGGAAGUGCGGGGGGACUAUUUUUAAAAGGCUAUUCAGGGACAACCACCAAGCGUACCCUGGAAGUCCUCUGUGCGAUAUGUAUUAUAGACAUACGUGGAUUUCCACACGAGCUGGCACGCGUGGCGAAGUUUGCCCGGACACGUAUGUGCUCCUUUUCGUGGUUUUUUUGGAAGCGCCGCGGAAGGAUCCAUUUCUGGAGUUGAGGUCGACGCUUCCGCCCAGUUUUCCUAUGUGCAUCGCCGAGUUGAAAAUGGAGCUCGGGGAGGAAACGGACGUUGCAUCGCCUCAUUAAAACAAGUGUUUUUGUUGCUUAUUUUUCACCCUGCUUUUGCUGUAGAAUAAAACUACGCCCUUGUCGGUGGAAAGUGGAUGCAUUCUGCGUGGAAGCUCGGAUGCAGCGCCCACAGUGCUACAUAACCGCCGAGUCGAGUGUCCCUACCGAGGGAAUCCGGAGCUCUGGAUAACGUGUCUCUUCUCUCUUUUGUCUCAUUUUAUUUUCUUCACUUUUCUUUCAAUAAAGCGCCGUCAUUUACAUAGCUAGUGGAGCGUUGCUCGGCGUGCUGCUCGGAAAGAUGUUUAUUUUGCGGCGGCUGGAUUUCACUGCAGUGGAAGAAAGAAAAAGCUCCAUCUUGCCGUUCUCUCCGGUGGAACACGCUCGUGUGUGACAGGCUGCCAUGCAUUCGCCCUAGACAGUUUCUUAUUUAAAAAAAAAAAAAAAAAAAAAAAUUCUGUAUCCGAUACAAAACUAUCGAUCUUCACGCGAAUAAAAAUAACGAAGAAUGGAGAUGUUCGUGUUAAUUUUCCCCGCUGUGACUGCGUCGCUGGUGCUGCUCGGACUCGGAUCGCCGUGAGGAAAGAUGAGCGAGGAGUCGGUCAAUCCCAACAACGAUGAUAGCGACUAUUUUGCACGCGUGAGAGCGGUGGUUAUGACACGGGACGACUCCAGCGGCGGGUGGCUCCCCCUGACGGGCGGGGGGCUCAGCUGCGUGACCGUCCGCAGGGUGAGACGGCAGGACGAAGACGGCGGGCGAGCUGAUUUCCUCAUCCAGGGAGAGCGCCUCCGAGACAACUCGGUGGUCCUGGAGUGUGUUUUGAAGAAGGAGCUCGUCUACAACAAGGUCAACCCCAUCUUUCACCACUGGAGGCUGAACGACAAGAAGUUUGGCCUCACCUUCCAGAGUCCGGCUGAUGCCAGGGCAUUCGACAGGGGCAUCAGAAGAGCCAUUGAGGACAUCGACCAGGGCUGCCCUUCGAACCACAGUGAUCCUGAAGCGUCUGAAGAUGGAGCACAAACAAGCCCAGAAGCUCCUGCUGUUUGCCCGCCGGUGAUGGAACGGAAGGCAGAGCUGUUCUCCCGAAGCCUGAGCGUGGUGACCACAGAGCCCUGCCGGGGGUGCUAUGUGCCCGCUCAGCCCUUUGAGUUCCCCACACCCAGCCGCCGCUACCUGCCACCCCCGGUUUCCUUCAAGUCCAUGCGGCACGUGAGCUUUCAGGACGAGGAGGAGAUCGUACGGAUCAAUCCACGGCGGGACGUCCUGAGCCGCGGCUAUGAGGACUACCGGCACCCCGUGACGUGGCGUCCAGGCCCGGAGCGGGAAGACCUGGACUCGGGCGGGCCCCUCUUCAAACUGGACCCAGAGAAGUUUCCAGGAAGGGGCGACUCGGUGGCUGAGCCGGCCAAGGGCCCCAAGGCCCCGCCCUCACCCCCGCUGAAGGGGAAGGCUUCUCGGCGGCGGCGCGAGGACGGCGAGCGCUCACGCUGCACCUACUGCCGCGAGAUGUUCAACCACGAGGAGAACCGGCGGGGCCAGUGCCCAGAUGCGCCCGACCCCAUGCGCCAGUGCAUACAUCGCGUCAGCUGCAUGCUGUGUGCCGAGAGCAUGCUCUACCACUGCAUGUCGGACUCGGAAGGCGACUUCUCGGACCCGUGCUCCUGCGACCCCGCCGAGGAGCGCUUCUGUCUGCGCUGGCUGGCGCUGGCGGCGCUCUCCUUUGUGGCGCCAUGCCUCUGCUGCUACCUGCCGCUACGGGCCUGCUACCAGUGCGGCGAGGCCUGCCACUGCUGCGGGGGGCGACACAAGGCUGCCGGCUGAAGCAUCCUGCCACCUCGCCUCCCCAGAAGCAGAGCAGGGGCUGCGUAGUCCCGGAAUCCUUUUUUUCGGCCACCUUUGGAGGGUGACGUCUCUCUUUCUCUCACUCUCUCCUGGAGCCUGUGGAGGAGCUGUUUUUUCUCCAGGCCACGAGCCACGGGCGACUCGGUCCUGCCUGCCGCCAGCGAGGGGCUGUACAGCGCUCGACAUGAGCUACGUGGGGACGAGCGAGAAUACUUAACACUGCGUGCAUGCGCACGCACACACACACAGACACACACACUUACACAUAUGUAGGCCGUCACGCCGGACUGACACACACAGCUGAUGUUGUUGAAUCGCACAGGAAAAAAAAAUCUAAACGCCACGCUGGACUCGUCAACAUGUGCCGUGUGUCACUUUUGUGAAGGAAUCUUGUCUUUUAACGCAGAAAGCAAAAAAAAAAAAAAAAAAGAAAGAAAAGAAAGAAAGAAAAAAAAGCUGAUAUGUCACAUUUAAGACCUAGAACAGAAUGCUGUUAGGACAACAACAAAAGGGAUUU